ACAAGGAAUAAGCAUUUACUUGAAAGACAUGGGGUCAAGCGUAUAUAUGACAUGAAGGCUCUUGAUGACAAAGAAUCUCUUGAAUUGUUAAAUUGGAAUGCUUUUAGAAGCAACUAAGUAAAUCCAAGUAACAUGAUGGUAUUGAAUCGCGCAAUAAAUUAUGCAAAAGGCUUUCCUUUGGCUCUUGAAGUAAUAGGCUCUAACAUGUGUGGAAGGAAUAUAAAUGAGUGUGAAUCCACUUUAGAUGCAUUUAAAUUAAUUCCAAGUAAAGACAUUCAACAAGUAUUGAAAGUGAGCUACGAUGACCUAGAACACUUUGAGAAAGAAAUAUUUCUUGAUAUUGCUUGUUUCUUCAAAGGGGAAUCUUUGGGGCACAUUAAAUAUAUGGUGGAAGCAAUUCAUGGCUUUAAUAAUCCAAGUUAUUUUAUUGGUGUGUUGGAGGAUAAAUGCCUCAUAAAUAUUGAAGAUUCAUGCAUUGAAAUGCAUGAUUUAAUACAAGAUAUGGGGACAGAAAUAGUUCAUCAAGAAUCAUCAAACGAGCCAGGAAAACGUAGUAGAUUAUGGUUCCAUGAAGACAUUGUUCAUGUUUUGGAAGACCAUACAGGUACAGAUGAAGUUAGCAUCAUAAUUCAACACAAUUUGUCCGAAUGCAUGGAAGUAAAUUGGGAUGGAAAAGCUUUCAAGAGUAUGAAAAAUCUUAAAGUUCUUAUUUUUGAGAAUGUGGAAUUAUCGGAAAGUCCAAAAUAUCUUCCUAAUAGUUUAAAGUGCUAAAAUGGCAAGGAUAUCCCUAUUCAUGGUUGCCAGAUCAAUUUUUCCAAAGAAUCUUGUUGUAUUCGACUCAGACAUGGUUGUUUGAGUUCACUA